CCUCCCCAGUUUUUUUAUUCUCUCUUUCCCUCCUUCUAUCUAAACCGUAGAUUUUCCACUCUAACCUCAUUAACUUAAUUAAAUAAGCCACAACCAGCACCACCACCACCGCACAUAUUUCACAACUAUAUCAUAUCAUAUCAUAUACUACAAAAAUAAUAACACUACUCUUCAUUUUUUUCAAACUCUUUCAUCUCUUGUCACAUACACACUUUUGUCUUACUUACAGAACCUGUGUUAUAGUAUUUCUACAAAGGGAUAAAUACUAACAUACGCCAUAGGAACUGUUACUUAUUAUUCACCACUAAUAUUCUUUCUUUCUCUGUUGUUAUGUGCGUUUUCUAUAUGUUUUUUUUUACCUUAUUAUAAGGCAACAAACAAAGCCAAUACUUUUUUGAACUCAAACAGAACCAGCAGGUUUGUCUCUCCAAAAACAUGGAUAAUGGUUGCUUCUCUACGCCCAGGCGCGAUUUUCCUGCUGGUUUACGAGUUCUUGUCGUCGAUGAUGAUCCAACUUGGCUUAAGAUCCUUGAAAAGAUGCUCAAGAAGUGUAAUUAUGAAGUGACCACAUGUUGCUUGGCAAGACAAGCUCUAAACUUGCUUCGCGAAAGGAAAGACGGAUACGAUAUAGUCAUCAGCGAUGUAAACAUGCCUGACAUGGACGGUUUCAAGCUUCUCGAGCAUGUUGGACUUGAGAUGGAUCUUCCUGUCAUUAUGAUGUCUGUGGAUGGAGAAACAAGCAGGGUGAUGAAAGGCGUUCAACAUGGUGCGUGCGAUUAUCUUCUUAAGCCUAUAAGGAUGAAAGAGCUGCGAAACAUAUGGCAACAUGUUUUCAGGAAAAGGAUACACGAGGUUCGAGAAUUUGAAAAUUUUGAGAGUUUUGAGAGCAUGCACUUGAUGAGAAACGGAUCGGAUAUGUCCGAGGAGGGGAACAUGUUUGCGUUAGAAGAUAUGACAACGAAGAAGCGCAAAGAUGUAGAUAGCAAGUACGACGACAGAGAAUUUUUGGAUUCAUCUUCCUCAAAGAAAGCUAGAGUAGUAUGGUCUGUAGAUCUUCAUCAGAAGUUUGUUAAAGCAGUGAAUCAGAUUGGAUUUGAUAAAGUUGGUCCCAAGAAAAUACUAGAUUUGAUGAAUGUUCCAUGGCUGAGUAGAGAGAAUGUUGCUAGCCACUUGCAGAAAUACCGGCUUUACUUGAGCAGGCUUCAGAAAGAUAAUGAACAAAAAUCUUCGUCAAGUGGAAUGAAGCAUUCUGAUUUACCUUUAAAAGACGUAGGAAGUUUUGGUUUUCAGAACUCGGCCGACAAGCAACAAAACGACACUUCAAUUGAUCGAUACAACUAUUCAGAAGGAACCUUACAACAUCAGAACAUGGAAACUAAAAGUCAUGAGAGUAAUCCCAAAGGAAGCGUUCCGCAUUCCACAACGGUAGAAAAAGUAAAAGCUUUUGUCCCUCUUGAAUCAGAAGGAAAACAUGCAGCAUUCCAAAGCACCAUGUCGACGACACAGUAUUCUUGGACUGAAAUUCCAAAAGCACAGUUAAAAAAAGAACAAAAGCCACUUGUUCAUCCAGAGGAUAGCUUCAACCUAUUGCCCUUACAUGGCAAGCAGCAUAACCUUCAAGUUGAUCAAUCACAGUCAAUUGCUUCAAUUAGUUCCACUCCCUCGAUGGCGAAGCAAGAUGUCGCUGGUUGUAUAGAAACAAAACCAAGGUUUGCUGAUUACAAGAAAGACUACACUAGUUCAGUGAGUUCGAUGAGAAGUUCAGUUGACACCUUUCCUUUCCAACCCGGAAACCUGAUGAUGAAUUAUCAACCUUCACAACCCACUUCAGCCACAAAUUUGGGAUUAAAAACACAGUCAUACAAUAAUCUCAGUUGCAUUUCUGAUCUAGAGUCUUACCAAAGAAACCUACUUUUUGGAGGUGAAGCUGCUUCUGCCGCGCCUUUGGACGAAGACUUAUAUUUCUAUUGGCAUAAUAUGAACUUUGGUCAGCAGAAUAUUGGGAUGCCUGAGUAUUAUGAUCCAGGGCUUCUCACAGAAGUUCCAAACCACUUAUAUGAAUCAGCAGAUUAUUCAGUAAUUGAUCAAGGUCUAUUCAUAGCAUGAUAAGCUCUGAUAUUUCCUGCUUAUAUUCAGCAAAAAUCAGAAUUUCAUGCAUGAAAUGACAGAUUUAAUGUUUGUACUAGUAACCAGCUACAUUUAUCUAUUAUUGAACAAUUAUAAGGAUUGGGGGAUUCUUUUUCCUAUUAAGGAUUUAGACAUUAUUACAACAUACCAACAUGUAUAAAAGUAUGGGGUGAUAACAAAUAUUAAGCUUAAGUAAUAACCUUGCUUCCUUAUUUA